CUCGGGUCAGCCACGACGGAGCUCCGAUCUUGGUUUAGUGGGGUUGUGUUGUGUGUAUCGUCUUUUUCAGGAUUUAUUGUUGAGUUGGGUUACUGUUGUUUCGAUUCAAAGGUGUGAUCUUUAAGGGUGGGGUUGGUCGGGGAUGGCUUCCAACACUUGGUCGUACCCGGCUCCCACGUACCGGACGUUGGACACUCAUUGGGACACCGACGAAGAUGUUCCUGGUCCACGAUGCGCCCACACCCUCACCGCCGUUGCUCCCACCAAAACUCAUGGCCCCCGCCUCAUCCUCUUUGGGGGCGCCACCGCCAUAGAGGGCGGUUCAUCCUCUGCUCCCGGAAUCAGGUUGGCGGGUGUUACCAAUUCAGUUCAUUCCUAUGAUGUUCACACUAGAAAGUGGACCAGAAUCAGACCAGCUGGUGAGCCACCAUCCCCCAGGGCUGCCCAUGCGGCAGCUGCAGUUGGCACCAUGGUUGUCUUUCAGGGUGGCAUAGGUCCAGCCGGGCAUUCUACUGAUGAUCUUUACGUGCUUGAUAUGGCCAAUGAUAGGUUCAAGUGGCACAGGGUUGUUGUACAAGGACAGGGUCUUGGGCCUCGCUAUGGCCAUGUUAUGGAUUUGGUGGCACAGAGAUAUCUUGUUACUGUUAGUGGCUAUGAUGGUAUGGACAUUCCAUUUCUCAGCUUUAUAUCUGGUUCCUUAAUUAGGACAAGUGUUGUAAAAGCAUGCCUAGGCGAUAGGUGGCAGGCAACUGCCUCCCUUAGCCAUUAGCGUCCAUAGAUUUUUUUUUCCUUAAUAUAUUUGUCUAUUUUAUUUUGAUUAGGAAAAAGAGUUCUCUCGGAUGCUUGGGUUUUGGAUACUGCCCAGAAGCCAUA